UCUCCAUUGGUAGACAUGGCUGAUGAUCAGGUGAAGUUACAUGGAUCAUAGGUUAGUUUAUAUAGUUUCAGGGUGAUAUGGGCUUUAGAGAUAAAGGGCAUAUCAUAUGAGAGUAUAGAAGAAGACUUUCCCUACAACAAAAGCCAGUUGCUAUUGCAAUACAACCCAGUUCACAAAAAGAUCCCUGUUCUUGUUCAUGGUGGAAAACCUGUCUGCGAGUCCAUGAUCAUCGUCGAAUACAUCGAAGAGACAUGGCCACAUAAUCCCUUGCUCCCCCGUGAUCCUUAUGAGAGAGCCUUGGCUCGGUUUUGGGUCAAAUUUGUCGACGAUAAGGGUCCGGCAAUCUGGAGGAUGUUCAAAAGUAGAGGCAAAGAACAUGAAAAGGCAAAGACGGAGAGCUUGGAGAUGCUGAGAACAAUGGAGCAACAUGCCCUUGGAGACAAAAAGUUCUUCGGAGGAGAUGAAAUUGGUAUAGUGGAUAUUGCUUUUGGAGGGUUUGCUUAUUGGCUUGGAGUAGUUGAAGAAGUAGUAGGACUGAAGCUGUUUGAAGAUCAGGCAUUUCCUAGAUUGCAUGCAUGGAGUAAUGAUUUCAAACAAGUCUCUGUAACUAAACGAAACGUUCCUGAUCCCCAUCGAAUGUUGGUCUUCUAUAAGGAUGUUAGGGAAAAGUUGCUGGGAUUCACUUCUUCCUAAGAUCAUUCUAAUGGAAAAUCAUUUUCUAUAUCUAAUACUUCUGUUUAGUUGUUCUUUCUUUUUUCUUGGGUUUCCAAUAUAUCUAUAUUUAGUUUAUAUGGGGACUUAUCUGUUCAAAUUCUGUCACAAAAUUGCAUUUUGUUAAGAAAAAUGGAAUAAUAUUUGAUAGUGAGGC